AUGGCCGCCCAACUCCUCGAACUCAGCCACGAGCUCCUGCACUGCAUCUUCAUCGAAAUCCUCCCCUCCGACCUCGCCUCUUUGACGGCAAGCUGUCGAACCUUGCACUCAUACAUCAACGGCAACAGACUCCUGCACAAAGAUCUCUACAUUCGACGCUACGACCCACCACCCGAAGAUACAGAUUGGGAAAGCGCCCUGCACAGCAACGUCCAAUUGGAAAGACUGCUGGUCUGUUCAUCCCGCCCGACCAAAAAGGCACACUUGGGGGUUGUAGCAAAAGGAGUAGAAAGACUCGUGGCCACCGCCGCGAAAGAUGCUGCACAGAGUCGGAAUAUCUCCCUCCUGAGCGAGGCAUUCCACGACACGGACAAUAUUGAUACAUUUCUCUGUUCCAGCUCGCUGUUCGAUCGAGCGGGGAAUGAUUUACAAUCACCCGCGGAGACGGAAGAAUUGCGACAAGCGAGUGCGAAGUUACAUUGCUUGUAUGGCGUGCCGAUUGAUGUCCUGCCUUCAGCGAGCACGUUCACGAGUCUGUUGCUCACGCAUCUGAAUGGUGUGACGGGAGGCUCAGCGACGAUCACGCUGAGUAGAAUGGAGGAUGGCAGUUCUUCUUCUGCGGGAGGACCGCCUUCGGCAUGCACGAGAGCGGCGACGAGACCGUUGGUGACGCAUACUUUUGCGAGGAGUAAAGUUUAUGAUUUGCGAGAGUAUUCGGAAGGAUCGCUGUGGGGACCUUUUCAUGGGGAUGGGUCGAUGCGAGUGGAUUGGGAGAAGGUGGAGGCGAUUAUGAUUGUGUUGGGGUUCAAUUUGAGAAAAUUUGCGGAUCGGAGUGGAGGGAGGUUCCCAAGGGUGUGGGAGGAUGCGUUUGUGGGUGCUACGGCAGGGUCAUAUCGGUCGCCGGGGAAGAUUACUGCAUCCGAGGAGGAAGGUGAUCGAGAAGAGGAGGAGCUGGAGCCGGAAUUGAAGCGAGUGAGGGAUCUGGCGUUGGAUUUGGAUUCCCGAGAUCCGUAUGGUGUGAGUGGGAGUUGGAUGCGAGUCGUGUGUUUUUUGGACUACAAUGAUCUCUAUACCUUUAAUUUCACCGACCGGCUUCCGGAUGGAGAGCGCAGGGAACCGAUUGAUACGGAGGAAGCCAUCCGACUGAUCCGCAUCAAGCUGCAAGUCACCCGCAUCGACCCACCCGGCACCCCAAUCGACGACGACGACAGCGAAGGCGAGGCAAACUACAGUGAUGAUGAAGAAUGGGGCGACGAGCCAUCCCCACACAGUCAGCAGGAUCUCUCCGGGGAAGAUUGGAGCAAUUUCCACGGCGAGAGAUUACCCAUUGUGCAUUUCCGCGGGACGAGUAGGAGUUUACACGCGAGUUGGGAUCCGAAUGCCAAUUCGAGGAUUCGUGGGACCGUGAGACAGACUCCUGAGGGGGAGAUUCGAUGGACUACGUUUUCCAUUUUCCAUGGCGAGGAGAGGUGGAGGAGUGAGGGGGUGCAGGUUGGUGGGGUGGGGAGUGCGAGGGGCAUUUUGGGGAAUUGGUUUGAUAAGGAUUUCGAUGAUCAUGGACCUGCGGGACCGACUGCUUUCUGGAAGGAGAGCGAUGAGUUGGGGGAGGACAAGGGCAGGAUGAGCUGGUUGCCGAGUUUCGGAUGA